AUGGUCGCUUCCCGCUUACCCCCUAUGACGCUAACGCUAAAGCAGUUCAUAAGAAGACAACAGGUUCUCCUUCUGUACAGAAGGAUUCUGCAAGCAAUUCGACAGGUCCCAAAUGUUUCUGAUCGCAAAUACCUGAAGGACUGGGCAAGGGAAGAAUUCAAAAGAAACAAAAGUGCUACGGAAGAGGAUGCAAUCCGGAUGAUGAUUACUCAAGGCAACAUGCAGCUCAAGGAGUUAGAAAAAACACUUGCAUUAGCAAAGUCUUAA